AUGACGAGUUCAGUUGUGGGAUACGCAGCCGCUGUGCUGACCAUUUACCUCGUUCUUCUGGGCCCAGCAAUCUACUGCUUUGCCAGGCACGGCGUCAAGCACCAGAUCUGGGUCGGCUGGCUCUACUUUAUCCUCUUCUGUCUUUUGCGCAUCAUCGGCAGCGCGAUGGAGAUUUCGAGUCCUGAUAGUAUCGCCGCGGCCAUCAUUAGCAGUGUUGGUCUGUCGCCAUUGACCAUUUCUCUAUUUGGCAUACUGCACGAGGCCCGCUUCUACCUCCUCUCCCUCCACGACGCCCCCGAGGCUAGAAAAAUCGAGAACAUUAUCGUCCUGUUCUUCCACAUCACGGUUGUCACCGCUGUUGCCCUCAUCGCAACUGGUGCCUCGGGCCUCAGCUCCGCCGCCGCCCGCGCCGACCCCACCAAGCUCGCCAAGGACUGGAAACUCGCCGGCGCGGGCGGCGUCAUCCUCCUCCUGACCGUCGCUGCGGUUGCCGCGGGCGCCAUCUUCACCAUUCUCACCACCUCCUCCGGCACAACCGGCAGCGGGAGGCAGCAGCAGCAGCAGCAGCAGCAGCAGGCCCGCCGGCUAGCACUGGCCAUCGCGGUCGCGGCGCCUGUGUUGUCAGUGCGGCUGAUUGGGACCGUGGUGUAUUACUUUGGGAAGAACACGGAUAUGAACCCGGUCACUGGGCUGCUUGGGGUCAAGGUUGGGUUAUAUCUGGUGCCGGAGGUCAUUACGGCUGUGCUGGUGCUGGCCGGCGGGCUGGCGAGCAGGAGUGUGAAGGUGAGGGCUGCGGAGGGGGAGCCGUAUAAGAUGGGCGGCCGGAGCAGGUAUUAG